AUGAAUGACGAGGAAACCAGUGUGAAAGAACCUUUUGAUAACCUGCCUACUAAACCUUCAAGCAAGGGUAAUGCUGGCAUCCACUCGAAUGACUGCACUAGAGCCCGUGAAAGCUGCAUUGAUGAGAUACUAUUUGAACACUCGACUACUCUAGACCUAGUUGCUAAAACGGUGGACUAUAUCUUUAAAUACAUAAAAGACAUCCGAGGAUCCUUGGAGAAGAUUAUUUCGCUUGUAUCCCUAACAGAUCUAAUCAGCUGGAUUGACGCCCCCCCUGCCUCCACUGACAAAGGCUAUACAUCUGGAGAAUUCUACGGAGCUCUCACUUCCCAUCACAGAAUUCAUACAGGGGAGAAACCCUAUCAGUGCUUGGAAUGUGGAAAGAGCUUCACUAAUAGUUCCCAUCUCACUUGCCAUCAUAGAAUCCAUACAGGGGAGAAACCCUAUCAGUGCUUGGAAUGUGGAAAGAGCUUCAAGCACAGUAAUGCUCUCACUUUGCAUCAAAGAACUCAUACAGGGGAGAAACCCUAUCAGUGCUUGGAAUGUGGAAAGAGCUUCAAUCGGAAGGAUAGUCUCACUUCCCAUCACAGAAUUCAUACAGGGGAGAAACCCUAUCAGUGCUUGGAAUGUGGAAAGAGCUUCACUAAUAGUUCCCAUCUCACUUGCCAUCAUAGAAUCCAUACAGGGGAGAAACCCUAUCAGUGCUUCGAAUGUGGGAAGAGCUUUCGUGUGAGUGGUGAACUCACUUUCCACCAAAGAAUUCAUACAGGGGAGAAACCCUAUCAAUGCUUGGAAUGUGGAAAGAGCUUUCGUCAGAAAGGUUAUCUUGCUUUGCAUAGAAGAAUCCAUACAGGGGAGAAACCCUAUCAGUGCUUGGAAUGUGGGAAGAGCUUUAGUCUCAGGAACAAUCUCACUUCCCAUCAAAGAAUUCAUAGACGGCAGAAACCUUAUCACUGCUUGGAAUCUGACAAAAACACCAGAGAGAAGGUGGGCUGGGACCUGAAAGGCGAAAGCAUUGGCCUCGAACGCAGGCCUCAGGAACGCUUUCCCCCAUGGAGACCUGGGACCCCUUCUCCUUCUGAAGGGACCUCCGAGGACGAAGCCAGGGCAGAUCAGUCCCUGGACCGUGGAGGCGAUUGCAAGUGUGACAUUACACACACUUCCCCUCAAUAA